AAAAAUCCUACCCAAUUGACUUGGGAAACCUCAAGUUACCAACCCUCCAAAAUGGGCGACCUCCCCACCCCUCCAGAAUCCUUCAUCGCCCCAACCGGACCCCUAGCAACCUUCAUAAAAGGCCACAAGCCACAAUCCAGCACCUCAAAAUCCCUCCCAACCUUCUACCGCAACCUCGAAGAAUCCCUCGACGUCAAACGCGCCUCUGAAAACUUCUACUCCACGCUCCCCCAAGACACGACGUCUGUGGACUUUUGCUCAGGCGAUGUAAUGUCCAUGGGCCGCAGCGCCGCGCACCGCGACGAGUUCCGCGCCGAGCUAUCCCGCCACCCCAACUUCGCGCUCGGAACCACGAGUUCGCGGCUGAUGGACGGAAACUACGCCUACAUCAUGGAAGCGGAAGCGGCGAUUGCAAAGUUCCACGGCGCGGAGGCGGGACUGUUCCAGGGCAGCGGGUUCGAGGCGAAUCUGGCGAUUUGGGCGACGAUUCCGCGGCACGGCGAUGUCAUUUUGUGGGAUUCGCUCGUGCAUGCUAGCACGCACGAUGGGAUCCGGCAGUCGCUGGCCAUGGACCGCGUGGCGUUCCCGCAUAGCGAUGUUGAUGUUUUUCGGGAGACGUUGAGGGAUAUUCUUGAGACGAGGCCGUUGGUUCGGCAGGGGAAGAGGUGUGUGCUUGUUGCUGUCGAGUCGAUUUAUAGUAUGGAUGGGGAUAUUUGCCCGUUGCAGGAACUGGUGGAUGCGGCGAAUGAAGUGUUUCAGGGUCCUGAGCUUGAGGGGCUGGUGCAGUUUGUUGUGGAUGAGGCGCAUAGUGUUGGGUUUAUUGGGCCCGAGGGGAAAGGGCUGGUAUGUGAGUUGGGGUUGGAGGGGGAGAUUGCGGUGGUGAUGCAUAGCUUUGGGAAGGCCCUUGGAGCUUCGGGAGCCAUCAUCUUGGGAAACAAAAUCAUUCGAGACACGGUGAUCAAUUUUGGGAGAGCAGUCAUGUUCUCUACAGCGCCUACUUUCCCCUUCGUUGCAGCCGUCAAGUCGGGCUACAAAGUCCUCGCCACGAAAAACAAGGACCGCGAGCAUGUCCACGAAAUGUCCACCCUCUUCUUCUCCCUCCUAACAUCCCACCCGCUCUGGGCCAAAGCAAAAUCAACCGGCAUCCUCAACGUCCCGCUCGCCGAGAACUGGGAAAACCGCGUGGUGAACACGCACCUCCUCGCCAUCCUCACACGGCCCAAAUCCUUCUGGUGGAUGUACUAUCACCUGUUAUCGGCUUCUUACCGCACCUUCCCCGUCACGUAUCCCGUGGUGCCACCCGGCCAAAGCCGUUUGCGGGUGAUUAUCCACGCACAUAACACGGAGGAACAGGUCAGAGGAUUCGUUGACGCCAUCUAUGCAUGGGUCAAGGAGAUGAUGGAUAUCGAGGAGGAAGGGGGUGUGACCAAGGCUGCAAAGGAGGUGUAUGAUUGGAUGAAGGAGGAGUGCGUCGAUGGAUUUGGGAUUGUUAGGGCCAAGCGGAAACGGGAUGUCGAUGAUGUGUAA